AUGUCUGGGCAUCAAUUGCGCGCGGCCAAAGAGGCUUGGACAUCCCCUCAAAAGGUUACGAACAAUCGCGACAACGCGAAGUUCUUAAAAAUCUAUAAAUCAGCAGUAAAGGCUGCGGUACGCAGCGACCUUGAGAUACCAAAAGACUCAAGUCAGCCCAAGGAGUUCUCCAGAAGGAGAUAUAUGAGAGUGGAAAGAUCAGGCAGCCAGGAGAAGGAGAUUGCCUCGUGGUUCAGCUGUCAGCGGGACCUGAAAGAUGAGUCCAGCGGUUUUUGGAAAGUCCGUUUGGAUGUAUUCGCCAUCACCGAUGUCGAAGGAAGGGCUACCGCGAAUAUGGAGGUCUUCCUCACCGUGAGGUGGACCAAGAUCCUAAAAACGAAGAUGAGGUCGACAAACUUCUACGCCUACGACCAGACUCAGGAUGCCAUCAACGAGGUUAGGGAGCCAAAAGGCUACUCAUUGCUUGGCUUGGUCUCCGAGCACAUCAAGAAGUGCGACGAAGACCUCUUCUGUCCCUUCCCCACCGAGUGGAAGUGGAGCAAGGACCUCGUUGGUGGCAGUGGAUCACCAACUCCCAGCCAGGAACCGACUCGGAGCCAAGCACCAUCUCGGAAGAGACCCGCAACGGCCGAUGAUCAGGCCAGUCACAAAAGGCGGAAGACGAUGUCGAAGCAAGCAUGCGACGACCCCGAUUCGUCCGGUGACGACUCGGAAUAUGGCGAUCCGACGUUGAAGGUAGAAGCUUUCGACAACGACACAUCCACUACCACCACUACCACCACCAACAGUGCAUCCGGGGGCACCCCAAGACCCUCGUCAUCAAGCAGAAACCAUAAGGGCCCUGGGCGUACUGGUGCGGUACCCGGAAAUAUGGAUGGAGCUCACGGCGAACGGGCGAAUGCCAGAGACAGCUUCAUUCGCCAACUUCUGGCCGAACAGGAGGCUUGGAAGGCCGAGAAGAAGGGCUGGGAGAAGAAAGCGCAAGAUUGGAAGGCGGAAAAAGAGAGUCUGGAGGCUCAGAAAAGGGACGUGGAGAACGAAAAAGAACAUUUGGAAGAGAAGAACGCACGUCUCGAGGAGAAGUGCGUGCGUCUGGAAGAGAAAGGCGUGAAUCUUGAAGAAAAGAACGCACGCUUAAAGGAAGAGAACGAGCGUCUGGUGGAGGAGGAUGAGCGUUCGAAGACCAUCCACAGAGCUCUGACGAACGAGCUUAUGGCCACGAACAAAAAACUCCAUGAGGCCAAAGAAAGGAAGAACUCUGUGGGCUAG